GACGCACACGUCACAUCGUCAUACGCAGGGCUGAUGAUGGCGGUUGAUUUGACUCCUCGAUUCAGACGGUUGAACAGCCAAACGAGAAGUUUUCGUGACAAUAUUCAGCAGGGUAAGAUCUGGGUUCGGUGUCUGAAUAAUUAUAGAAUACUGCAUCUCAUAUUGUAGGAAUACGACCAUGUACGAAGAUGAACGAUGUUAAGCGUAGAAGUUCAACACGGACGUUGUUUAUCUCCCCGCAGUUAAGGUGACCGCAUAAAGCGCUGUAAAGAAUCAGUCAUAUGCGUUCCCUUUGGGUAAUUUGUAGGUUAUGUUUACGUGUAAACGAAUAAAAGCGAUUAACACUCAGUUUUAACAUGAGUAAAGUUGCAUUCUGUCAUAAAAAAAUGGGCCAGACUCCUUUACCAGUACGCAAUAAUAGCAACAUUAUCAUAUAGCAGUGUAAGUGGCUCUGCUCUCAGGUUUGGUUAAGGUGGAAAUCUUUAAACGAUUAGACAUAACAUCUGUGAAGUAAAUGCUAGUUGUGAUUUUAAAAAGUACAACCGUUAAUCUUUCAGUGACGUUGAGCCAAAUUCCUAAAGAGCACAAACCAGUAAUACCAGUACUCGUGGGUACCAGUAUAUUAAUAUGACAUUUAAAGCUGCUGUGGGGACUUGGUUUUGAAAAGGAUAAUGUCCUGCCACCGUCUCCUGCAAUGCCCCUCUAAGCCAUUUGUUUACUUUUACUCUGAACACCUGUAGCUGGUGUCAUGUCCCAUUGAUAAAAAUCUACUGAUAUUCAGCUUUAGGGGGUAAAACUUAUUAGUUGUGUUAGCCAAACCUCAUCCACACCAUGGAAGUAGCUCCCUUUUUCGUACUAGAUCCUCAUUUGUAGACGAGGUUGACGCUGCUGUGCUGCUCUUGCUCUCCGAUAUCGUUGUUGUAUAUGCAGUAGGGAAGCUACGGUGGCCGAGAACCGCCACUGCUGCAAAUAAAAAAAAAUUAAUAAAUAAAAUAAAAUGCAAAAAAAAAAAAGAAAAGAAGUCACAAUGGAAGUUACUGAUGCAAUAAAAAAGAAACUUACCCACUCUUUGCAAACCCUGUCUCCCAAUAGAUUUUACCGGACCCUUUGGUGCUACCCAGCUCUGGCACAACAUCAUCCAGGCCCUGCAAACCCAGGUGGAGGUCCGUCGCUAUAGACGGCAUCUUCGUGUUCAUGCUGAAUGUUUCUCUGGCUCAGAUGCCGUGGAUGCCGUUCUCAGUUACUUGAUGCAGAAUGUUGUAUUUUGCACAAGCGAAGUGUCGCGUCUCAAAGCUGCCAGACUCUGCCAGGCUCUGAUGGAAGCCAAAGUGUUUGAACCGGUGGGCACAAAGCUGUUUCGCAGAGACAAGGAGGUGGCUUUUGAGGACAGCAGCUGUAGCCUUUAUCGUUUUCUGGAAUAUAAAGUAUUACCAAACUCUGCCAUGAAGGAGUGCAAUGAUGACACCGAAAAUGUGGCACCAGAAGCGGUGGAGCUAAAGAGGAAGAGGAGUGCUAGGUAAGUUUUUGAUAGUCUGACAUACCAAAGUUGGGAUGCUGUCUACAUGUGAAUAAAAAAAAGAUUUGAUGGUUUGCAAAUCAUUGAAAGAACACCUUUAUGCUUCCUGUUGUCUCUGGAGGCUGAAGGAACUGAGGACAGUCUCCAAUCCACUCGCUGUUGGACCAUCAGACAGGAGAGUUGAAAGGCUGCUGAGGACCAUCAACCUGCGACCCUCCGUCUUUCCAUCACUCAACACAACUCCUUCAACUUCUGCCUUCCUGUCCAAAGCAGGUAGGCCUGAAUUAUCCUGUUAGACUUGGCCUGUAAGGUGGCUGCCCUUUAAAUAGGAAAAUUAAUCCAUGAAAGAUGGUGGCUAAAGUUUUCACUCUCUUCCUUUAGUGGUGGACGAGGUUUGGAAGCAGCAGACCCUGCUGCAGCUGCUACAGGUGGUAGACCUGCCUGUGCUGGACUGCAUCUUGGCUUCACCUUCCAAAGUCCAGCCUCAGGUCUUCAGAGCUCCUCUGGCCAACCAUGACUUGGUUUUCUCAAAUACAUGUCUGGAGAGAGAGCUGCUCGACACCCUUAAUCUACCUCAGUUAGUGCUCUGUAAUACUUCUGAUCUUUCUAUAGACUUAAAACUAUCAUCAUAUGAACUGAUUCUGAUCAUACACUUUUAAAAGCUAUCAAUAGAUUAUAAUGGGUUGAAUACAGAUUUGAUAGCAACAUUUUUUCCACUGUAAAAACAUCGCUCUGUUCUGUUUCGUCGCCUUUUGUGUACAGAUUUGAUGGGUGGCUGUCGGCAGCAGCAGACUGCUUGGAGCUCUUCCCCGACCAGCUGAUUGUGGUCGCAGGGGAGCAGCUCAGCCAGCAAGGUGGCAGUGCCUUCAUAGAAGUUGACCAGGCUGAGCAGAUGGACAACCAGAAGAGAGUGCUCUUUGAAACCAUCUCUAAGCACUACAGUGGCCAGGAAAAGACCCCACUUCUCUCAGGGCACCACAUGGACAUACACGCUGCAAUCCUGGAUUUGCUUGGUGAGACUGAGCAGGUUUUUCAGUGAUUUUAUUGCAUCUGCUUGUGUCAUAAUUUCCCAGCACAGAGCUGUUCCUGACCUGGAAGUUUGUAAAAAGUUAUUAACUGUCUUCUGUAUUGUGUUUCCCCAGAAAAAGGGAAGGAGCAGGAUGCUAUUAAAGCAUCUCAGUUGUGUUUUCGACUGCUGGAGGCGAGCGUGAGGGAUGAACUCAGGAGACUGCUGGCCUUUAUGGCCACAGCAGCCCAUCCAGAUGCUUGCCGACUUCAGAAACAAGUACAAACUUCUUGAUUAAUAUUUUCAAAAAAGUUUUUUUCUCUGUGUUAGUGAGACAGGGAUAAAGUCGCAUUUAUUGACAUUAUGAAAAUAUAAGUUGGCCGUGUUACAGCCAAGGAAAAUCAGGUUGUCUGUGUGUUUGAAUCAAUUGUUCUUUUCUUUCUUUGUCUCUUUCCAGAUUGAUAAUCGGGCCUUAGUCUGCCGCACUUUUCAGAAAGCAAUCAUCCAGAAUCCUGAGCUGACUCGGCCUCAAACAGAAACCUUCACAUUAUUUCUCAUGGACAAUUGCUCUCUGAUCUUCAAGGUACACUUUAUCUCAUUAUUUCAGGUAUCUAAAAGACAGCUGAAGGUGUGUCAUUAGCUGAAUUUCUUAGUAGGAAGCUUAAAUGUAUUCAUUUUAGAUAAAGGUUUUUCCUUUUUUAUAUAUAUAUUUUUUUACCUGUGAUGAUUUCAGACCCCCACAUCCCUGAUCGAAGCUGUGAGGGGAACACUGAGGACGAUGCAGCAGGGGAAAGACCCAGACUCAAUUGCCAGUAAGUGAAAUACAACCACAACUGAAUAUGCGCACUGGCGGAUGUAAAACAUACCACAGGAAACAACACUCACAGUUACAGAGCCCUAAAUCUUUGAGUCAUAAAGUGGAGCAUACAUGAAGAAGGUGAACUGAUGUCAUAAUUCUGUUGUCAAAGAUCCUAGUUGAACAUUCUCCAGCUCCAUUUUUCCAGCUCUUUACAGCACAACAUUAGGACUUAGAAUAGAAUAUCUUCAUGAGUUAAGUAUCAUACACAAUAAAGGUCAGACUUGUGACCCAUUUUGUUGUUUCACCCACUGAAUGCAUUAGAAGCUACUACCUUUAUGUAAAGGGCUUUUUUAUUGGUGAAGUUGCUCAGAGUCAUAUCAAAGUAUCAAUCACAGCCGUGCACUACUCCUCCUUUGGUCACUAUCUGAUGCCAUCUCCUUCACGCUUCGUUGCAGCGUUCACAUUCUGCCAGCAGGUGACGCCACGAGAAUAUGAAGACCAGCGCGAGGCAACCACCCUGGACAGCCUCAAACAGCUUCUUCAUAAUAUUUCCUCCAGCACGACAUUACCCAUGAAGGAGAAGAAGAGGCUGCUCAAAGAGUUUGAAAAACAUCAUCCAGUCGUCUUCCUCCAGCACUUCUCCAGCACCUUCUAAAACAGGUUGAAUAUGUAGCUGCACUUCUCAAAGCCACAGUGCAGUGAUAUGGCUCUUACACUGAAUUAUUACAGUUUAAAGCAUCUCAUGGAUUCUUCAAAACUUGAUGCUGUUAUAACUUUGCAUACUUGAAAAGCUGACGAACAAAUGAUAUGUAAUAUAGAGCCACUAAAGAUGACAGUGAACACGAGUCUUGAUGUUCCAAUGAGUGAGGGAUGAAGUAUAUUGAGCUGUUUUUAACAGUGGAUGAUUAGUGAAUAAAGACCUCGAGGCAAAGCUAAGAAGGGCCACCAGUUAGAGACAUAAAUGGGUCAUCAAAAAAUAGUUAAAUAUGAUUUUAUUAAUUUGAGAACUGGUUAUAAAGACUUUAUUUUAACGCCCCCUUCAGAUUUUACUGGUGCAGAUGUAUAUUCUGAUCAGCUUCUUGCAGGUGGAAUCAUCAGUAAACUUCAAAAAAAUUUAAAAUCUUUUAAUUUUUUUUUUGUAUUGUCCUGCAGCACUGGAUGCAUUAACUAUCUUGGUAAUAUUAUAAUUUGAUAAAGCACUGUAAGAUAAAAAGGAUUGUUCCUGCCACAGAUGUCACUAUAGUUGGAUGUCAGUCUUAAGAAAUUAAAGGUCAUCUAAGACAAAAAGUGCCUCAAAUGGGCUCUGUGAAAGCUGCAGAAGCUCCAAAUGUCAGCAUUAAUAAGCAAUAAUGUUGAGUAGGGACACUACUUUUCUGUUUGUGAUGCAGAUAAUCUCUUGAAGGGGGCACUGAAACAGUUUUCUGCACUACGGAAGAAUGAGUUUAUUCUUAAAACUUAAAAAAGGGAUCACCAAAAAAAAAGAAGCCAUUUGGAGAGCUUUUGCUAAAUCUAGUGAAUAGCUCAUGGACUUAUUGUUGAACUUAUCUAAGAUGUGGAUACUGUAUUUUGUAAAGUAGUUUAUCCGCUUUAUGGCUUUAAAUGGAUUUAGAAAUGAGACUUUGGCUUGUGCACUUUGAUCAGGCCGUAAUAUUUUACUAAUGAAGAAAAUGUAAUAUGGAAGGUACUUUAACGUUUUUGCGGUUUUCUGGUAGCUAAAACUUCUGUCGAAGGGAAACACUGGUAAACACUAAUAAAGCAGGUGACGGAUUAAGACGGUUCUUCCUUGUUUUAGCUAGUAAUUAAGAUUUUGCUAAGAUUUUUGAUUACACUGAUAUGAAUUGUAAGUAGAGGCGGUUUUAUUUGAGACUAACCAAAGCUCAUGUCUGUUUUAAUAAUUUUCUUUGGUGGUUGAAGUCUGCUUCGAGUGCCAGUAUCAUGGUCACUUUUCUUUUACUCGUAACUUUUUAGGAUUUUACUUGAAGUUCAGCGUGAGGAUUUGAUUAAGGCUACUGAUGUAAUUUUUUCGUGAUGAUGCUUCAGCUGAAUUUAUUUCCUCUAAUCCAAAAAGCAAUAAUCAUGCGUGAGUAGUUCUCUGUCUAAUCUCUUUACAGUCAGCAUCUUUUGUUCUUCACAAAAUCAAGUAAGAAUGCACUUUAGGAUGCUGAAACGUGCUGACUUUUCUUCUGGAAUAACAUCUAAUAAAAAGCUCUCUGAAGCUA